GAAGCAGGAGAUUUUCAACCUAGUGACAGUCACAGAGCAGCACCUACCCCUCCUCCUUUCCACACCUGCAAACUCUUUUGCUUGGGCUGAAUUUAGUGUAAUUACAUCUCAGCUUUGAGGGCUCCUGUGGCAAAUCCCCGGAUUAAAAGGUCCCCUGGCUGUAAAGCUACAUGAGAUAAAACAUGAAGACAGCCAUCAUCUUCCUCCUGCUUGCACAAGUUUGCUGGGCUGGGCCUUUCCAACAGAGAGGCUUAUUUGACUUUAUGCUGGAAGAUGAGGCUUCUGGCAUAGGUCCCGACGACCGCAGUCACCUCCCUCCCAUGACUGAUAUAGAGCCUCUGGGACCCAUGUGCCCCUUCCGCUGCCAGUGCCACCUCCGAGUGGUCCAGUGUUCUGAUUUGGGUCUGGACAAAGUGCCCAAAGAUCUCCCCCCUGACACUCUGCUGCUGGACCUGCAAAACAACAAAAUAACCGAAAUCAAUGAUGGCGAUUUUAAGAACCUGAAGAACCUGCAUACAUUGAUUCUGGUCAACAACAAAAUUAGCAAGAUCAGUCCUGGCGCAUUUGCACCACUGGUGAAAUUGGAAAGGCUUUAUCUGUCUAAGAAUCAUCUGAAGGAACUGCCAGAAAAAAUGCCCAAAACUCUUCAGGAGCUGCGUGCCCAUGAGAAUGAGAUCACCAAAGUGCGGAAAGCCGUUUUCAAUGGACUGAAUCAGAUGAUUGUCAUAGAACUGGGCACCAACCCUCUGAAGAAUGCUGGAAUUGAAAAUGGAGCCUUCCAAGGAAUGAAGAAGCUGUCUUACAUUCGCAUUGCUGACACCAAUAUAACCACCAUCCCUCAAGGUCUUCCUUCUUCCCUUACUGAAUUACAUCUUGACGGCAACAAAAUCACCAAAAUUGAUACAGCCAGCUUGAAGGGCUUGAACAACUUGGCUAAGUUGGGACUGAGCUUCAACCACAUCUCUGCUGUGGACAAUGGCUCUCUGGCCAACACCCCUCACUUGCGGGAACUUCACUUGGACAACAAUAAGUUAAUUAAAGUCCCUGGUGGGUUGGCCGAACAUAAGUACAUACAGGUUGUCUACCUUCAUAACAACAACAUCUCCGUGGUCGGCCCUAAUGACUUCUGUCCACCUGGAUACAACACUAAAAAGGCCUCUUACUCGGGCGUGAGUCUUUUUAGCAACCCAGUCCACUACUGGGAAAUCCAGCCCUCUACCUUCCGCUGUGUCUAUAUGCGUGCUGCCAUUCAGCUCGGAAACUACAAGUAACUCCCAAGAAAGUCCUCACUUUUAGAACCUGGCAAAUCUCACUAUUACUCGGAAAAAAAAGAAAGUUAGAUACUGAAAACCCAACUGCAAUGUGGAUGUUUUUUCCCACAGACUUAUUAUGCAUAAAGCCAAACUUGCAGUUUAAAUAAUUGCCUACAAUAAAAAAAGAUAUUUUGCCUGCCA